GCAGCCUGGCGUUGCAUUUUUUAUUUGACCUUCUCAAGCUUGUUUUAUUAUCUCAUGUAUCGCAAGACUUUGACUGCUUCCAGAAGACAAAAUAAUCGGUUUCCUUUAAUCUCUACUAGAAUAUCUCAUCAUGCCAUAACUCUCGCCCACAUUGAUGGGAUCGCCAAUGCUAAUCUUCGCUGUUUGGCUGCUCAUGCUUUUUUAAUUCAAUUUCAUCCUCAAAGGUUUUAUUCAGCUACGGCUGAAGCUCAAAACACUCCUUUGGCUCAUUCUUCCAUUGGUUCUGUUUCUAAUUCAAUUUCUGGUGGAUCCCAACACAUAAAGACUUUUACUAAAUCCGUUCAUCCGCAUGCUGCCACUUCAACCAAGCAAAAAGUCACUGCCGAAAACCUAAUGAUCCCUGAGCUGUUUUCUAGCUCAAUUGUUAGUAUGCCUACACCAAAAAUUAUGCCAGCCUUUGAUCCUCUCGAUGCUAUUUCUACUGCUCGCGCCAUGUCCAAAUUCAAACUUCGGGAGCAAAUGACUUUAAUUUAUGCAUGCGUUCAAACUGGUGACCUGGAUCGGGCCGAGGUCGUCUUUAACAAAAGUCUUCGUUCUAAUCCUACUGACAUGAUGUCUGAACUUCAGGCCCCAUUAAUCAAUCGGUUUAUUGAAGCUCAUUUGAUCAAAUGCUCCAAGUCGGAUUCCAACAAUCAUUUUCAAUCAUCUGAUGAUUUAUCACAGGAUAGCGGAAAUCAUCAAGAGCGUGCUCAACGUUGGUAUGAACGCAUGUCUGAACUUCAUGUCCAGAAAAAUGUUGAAACAUUCGCCAUUUUAUGCCAUUACUUUUUAUCUAUUGGAGACAUAGAAAAAGUAAAGUCGUUUAUAGCUGAUCUAGAGGCUGAUGGAUCGAGCCCGCAAAAACUUCUUGAAAGUCAUAGAUUUCAUACACAGGACGCUCGUGCACCUCUUGAAGCUCUUUUACGUAGCAUGGGAAAGUCUGUCGAUGCAACAAAUGAAAUGUCCAAUACUUCAGGCAUCCCCGAGCUUGAUGAGCUGAUGAUGUCAGUCUUGUCUGAUUCCAACAUUUCAAAUACUGCCAAAAACAAUAAUGCCGAUGUGGUACAGAAUGAUCUUGUUUCACUGGAUUCUGCUAUAGGCUCAGAUUCUCUUUCAAAAACCGCCACGUUUACUCAACAAGAAUUGGAUAUUAUAGAAAAAGAGCGUGUCUCGGAUCUUGAGUUUGUGUCUACAACAGGUGUCAGUAUUUUGAAAUCAGCUCUGUCCAAAAUGAAUGACACCCAUGAAAUGAGGCAGUACAAUCGUCAGAUGUGGUUGGAAGAACGUUCCUAUGCAGCUGCAUUGGAAAAGCAAAAAGAAUUUAUUAGUACACUUCCCACUAAAAUUCGUCAACUUGCCCUUCUUCCAGCAAAGCUUAUGGAUACUUUGAGUCGAAUGCUUGCACCAGUGAUUCAAGAAGAGCUCGAUAAAAUCAAUGCUGGCCAUAAAUCUUUAGAAACGGGAAUCAUUAUUCCCUUGUUGAAAUUAUUUUCUGUCAAGACACUUGCUUAUAUCACCGUUCAGGAAGCUCUCAGAAAUCCUUUUUUUAAAAGUAGCGAGACAAACAACGGGUUUCCUAGCAGUCAUGUAAAAUCAAUUUCCAUUGUCUCCAAUAUUGGCAAUGCUUUAGAACGAGAACACAACACUACUCAAUUGCAAAGCAAAGCCAAUCAGAAAAUAGCCAAACUCGAGUUUGGAAUUCAUAUAUUACAUACUACUGGUCGGCUUGCAGAUUACACUACUCGAAAGAUUGCUGCUGAAAUGCUCAAGAAACAGACUCGACUCAAUGACAUUUGGGUUCCUAACUGGGGCGAAGAAGCAAAAGUCAAAAUAGGCACGUUUCUUCUUCAUCUUCUUGUUCAAGCGGGCAAAAUAGCUGUCCAGGUUCCUGAUCCAAACAAGCCUGGUCAUAAAAUGAGUAUGGAUGUACCAGCUUUUGAGCACAAAGUUUUGUCUAGCUAUGGAAAAACAUAUGGUUAUAUCAUUCGACACGCGGCGGUCAUGGAAAUGAUGGAAAAUGGAUGUGCAUCUGUACUACCACUACAUCUUCCCAUGUUGGUCCAGCCUCGACCGUGGCUUUCUUGCAACAGAGGUGGUUAUUUGCAGCAUGGAUCCCAACUGGUUCGUAUUUUAAACAACCCAGAGCAUAGAGAGUAUCUUAAAGCUGCAGAUGAGGCAAAUCAUUUGCCCUUGGUUCUACGAGCUGUGGAUAAACUAGGUUCAACGGCAUGGGUGAUCAAUCCAAUUAUAUACAAGGUUGCAUCGACGUUUUGGAAUAAAAAGGAAUCAGCACCAUCAAUUCCCAAGCCGAUUGUCAUCCCAGAAAUACCUAAGCCGUCCGACUACGAUACAAACCCUGAUGCCAGAUGGAAAUAUAUCAAAAAAAACACAAAGCGAUUGCAGCAGAUCAGUAAUAACCAUUCUCAGCGAUGUGAUCUCAACUAUAAAAUGGAGAUUGCAAGAAAAUAUCUAGGAGAAACCAUAUUUUUCCCUCACAAUCUCGACUUUAGAGGGCGUGCCUAUCCCAUGCCGCCCAAUCUAAAUCAUAUUGGAAAUGAUCUUUGUCGCGGGCUUUUGAAAUUUAAAGUGGCAAAGCCAUUGGGAGAAAACGGCAUGAGAUGGCUCAAGAUCCAAGUAUCUAACUUGGCUGGGAAUGACAAGGCAUCAUUGGAUAACAGAGCCAAGUUUGCAGAGGAUCAUCGAAAGGAUAUUAUUGAUUCAGCAGAGCAUCCGUUGGAUGGCAAGCGAUGGUGGUUAAAGUCUGAAAAUCCGUGGCAGCUUUUGGCAACUUGUAUAGAGCUCAAUCAAGCUUGGAAAUGCGAUAACCCGCUUGAGUUCAUGUCAUCUAUUCAUAUCCAUCAAGACGGUAGCUGUAACGGUUUGCAGCAUUAUGCAGCACUUGGAGGCGACGUGGAUGGUGCAAAAGUAGUUAAUCUGACACGAUCCGAAGUACCACAAGAUGUAUAUAGCAGUGUAUCCAAUCAGGUUAUGAAGCUUGUUAAGCAACAGGCAGAACAAAACGUACCCGAAGCGCUGUUGCUUCUCAAUCGUAUUAAUCGUAAACUUGUUAAACAGACUGUCAUGACAAAUACCUAUGGCAUUACCUUUUCUGGUGCCCACGAUCAAGUGCGAAAUCGUCUUUUAGAGGCACGUGUCAAAGAAAGUGGGGACAAAGCUCUUACGGACGAACAGCUUCAUGCAUGUGCGCUGUUUGCUACACGACUUAUUUUUCAAUCUAUGGGAACUAUUUUUGAAGGCGCGCGAGCUAUUCAAGUAUGGCUAAACGAAACGGCCAAUAUCAUUGCAAAGAGUAUUCCGGCAGAAGACAUUCCGCCACAGCAGCUUCAAGACUCGUUGGCUUUGGAACAGAUGGGUCUUCUACCCAAAUCCACUAUUGUAUUAGAAAAAGAACGAAAAUUGCUUCAAAAGGAAUUGCUUAAGCCACUGCCUGAUUCAAAAGAAACCAUGUCCGAGUUUUCAUUUUUGGAAGAGGCAGUUAGAGCAGAUCAUGAUUCAAAAACUGGUAUGGCUAAAGGUUCCGUGUCAGAUGUAGAUUCUUCCAAGUCCAACAAGGCAAUGAUGAUGGCGUUGACUGAGAAACCGACUCUUACCAUUAAGCCAAAGAAGGAUAAUGGAGUACCUGCAAGAAUGACAAGCGUGAUUUGGACCACACCUUUAGGAUUUCCCAUUGUACAGCCAUAUCGCUCGCACGAAACAGCUGAAAUCAAAACAGCUAUGCAGUCAUUUACCAUUUACAAUCAUAAUGAUCCAGCACCGGUCAAUGCACGAAAGCAAUCGACGGCCUUUCCACCCAAUUUCAUUCAUUCAUUAGAUGCAUCACACAUGAUGCUCUCUGCGAUUGCGUGCGAUGCAAGCAAUAUUGAAUUUGCAGCAGUGCAUGAUUCGUAUUGGACCCAUGCAUGCGAUGUGGAUGAGAUGAACAAGAUUCUUCGCGAAGCUUUUGUACGAUUGCACUCUGAAAACAUCAUGAUUCGACUACGAGAAGAGUUAAUUGAGCGAUACAAGACUCAAAAGGUUAUGGUAAAAGUACCCAUCAAAGGAGAUCGAAACGUUGAGAUGUGGAACCAACACCUUUUAGCGACUGGACGAAAACAAAAGAAAAAGGAAAGUAGUGUGGUUGCAUGGGUAGAUAUUGCAUUUGAUGAAUUGCCCAAACGGGGAGCUUUUGAUAUUCAGCAAGUUCGUGAUAGUAUUUACUUUUUUCAUUAA